UAAAAAUACCAUCGUGUAUAGUUGAAUAACACGCAUGUGGCUUUUGUCGCGUUUUUAUCGGAAACAAUAGGGGAAAAUAUAUUGGAAACAAAACACACAGCGGCUAAGUUUUCGACAUUUGCAAAAUCGGAAAAGCGCAUUCGAAUUGUUAAAAAUAACUUCAAUGAACCGCUUUUGUUUUUAAUAUUUUUAAUUUAAAUAAAAAUUUGAUUAGAGCAAGUGAUGUUUUAUGAAGUUCCAUAAAAGUGUUAUCGAGAGAAAAUUUGAUAAACCCAGAAAAAAAUUGGGUAUACAUUCUGUAAUAUACAGACACGCAAAUGCUAAAGGUCUCGUUUACGACGUAAAGUUGUAAUUAAAACAAAAAUUGACUACAUCAAAUAUAAGCGGCAGUCAUUAAAAGGCUGUUUGAUUAGAUCUGUGUAAAUUGGAAUUCCGCCAUAAAUCUACUUUAUACCCAUGCCAGUUUCAGUGUGUGAACCAGUGGCUAACGUUAGCGCAGUUUUGCGGGAAUCACUGGGAAAUGGGUAUUCAAGCAAUGGUAGAAACAUUUGUAAAACAGGAGGUGUGGGCGACAACUACAAUGCCGAUGAUGAUGGAUGCCUACAAGCAAAACUUGCUGUUACAGCAAAACGUGUGUUACUAUCGAAAAUAGAAUACGAGGAGGUAACAAACUACGGUCAAUCUGUUUUAGGCGCACUAAAAUCAAAAUAUGAUAUAUUAAAAGCUAAUACAACUAAUAAAAAUUCAAACUAUGAUUACCUCUCUCUUGGGAAAAAUUCGGAACAAAAUGACUCAAUUACUAAUGCAGCGCCGAAUGGUGCUGUUGGAACUCCAAAGCGACAAAAUCCUAACGAGUUGCCACAACCAAAGCGAGUGUUAUAUCCACGAGAAAAUGUUAUAAUUGGUUGGAAAAAUUCAGUACGUAAGUGGCAUGUCGGAGUCGGUAUGAUGAAUGUCGGAAAUACAUGCUACCUAAAUUCCACAUUACAAGCCCUAUUUCAUGUACCCUCUAUGGCGAACUGGCUAAUUUCAGAUGCCAAACAUAUAGACGAAUGCAAUUCCUCGGAGAAUUGCAUAAUUUGUGCAAUGAUUAAAACUUUGGAGGCAUCACAGAAUAAUCAAUCAGCGAUUCGCCCAUACUUGGUUUAUUCAAAACUUAAGUUUAUUUGUAAACACCUACUUAUGGGCAGACAAGAGGAUGCACAUGAAUUUCUUAGAUAUUUAGUGGAGGCAAUGGAGAAGUGUUUCCUUACCCGUUUUCGAAAUUACAAAGAAUUAGACCAAUAUAGCAAAGAAACCACACCGCUCAACCAGAUCCUGGGGGGUUAUUUAAAAUCUGCUGUACGAUGUUUAGCAUGUGGGCAUGUGUCUGUAACUUUCCAACAUUUUCAAGAUUUACUAUUAGAUAUAAGAAAAGCAGAUACAAUUGAAGAAGCCUUAGAAGGCUACUUUUCCAGAGAACGUCUUGAAGAUAUGGGAUAUAAAUGCGAAUCUUGCAAAAAAAAAGUAUCUGCUACCAAACAAUUUUCAUUAGAGCGCGCACCAAUUGUGCUUUGCAUACAGUUAAAACGGUUUUCAGUUAUGGGUACCAAGCUUAAUAAACAAAUUACAAUCAAACCACGAAUCGACUUAUCUAAAUUUGUUUCUCGAAAAGAAGUCGGAGAACAAUUAACUUACAAAUUAGUUGCUAUGGUUACCCAUUUAGGAGCUUCACAACAUUGUGGUCAUUACACUGCCAUUGGUUUGACCGAAACUGGCUCUUAUUACAACUACGAUGAUAGCUAUGUUCGCCCAGUUUCUGUACAGAAUGUAUGCAAUACCAAUGCUUAUAUUAUAUUUUAUGAAAUAGAUAAACACCAGCGUAUUCCAAGUAAUACUGAGCCAAGCAGCAUAAGUGAAGUUGUUAAGGAAAAUUCACAAAAACAAAAUGGUUAUACAAAAAAUGAAAAUAUAUUCCCCUCGGAAAUUAGUAGUUCAACAAAUUCACAACAACAUCUUGACAGUAAUUUAUUCACCGGAGGUAUUAAAUCAUCACCAUCAUAUAUUAAUAAACCGUCCACUAGUAAUGGAUCCAUAUCUAGUAAGUUAUCCGUGAACCGUCAGCUUAAUUUCAAAUCUCAAACCACUAGCACACCUUUGACAUCGAGUGAUUCACCAUCAACCAAAUUCUCAUUGCAUUCAGAAAAUAGAAAUAUUAUUCAACGACCUUCGGAGCAAAACACUAGUACUUUGCAAGGAAAACAUUAUGAUAAUAAAGAUGUGGAGAAAAAAUUAAACUCAUCAACUAACGAUAACCAUGUGGCUUUAUCUAUUGAAAAAAAGCGUAGUAAAGGUUCAGAGUUGGUACCGCUACAUAAAGCAAGUGGAAGCCUGCCAAGUAUGCCAACUUUAUCCGAUGUUCAAAAUCAAACUUUAAAUCAACCUGCCAAAUAUUCUGCAAUUUCAAUCACGCCUUUAAAGAGCCUUGUGCCGUAUGAAUCUGAAACCGAUGAAGAAUCGGCGUCAGAAAUAGGUUCGGGAGAGAAUGAAAAGAAAAAAAAAGAUGUCAAAAGUGCUAUUAAACGACCUAUAGAUAGCCCUUCACAGAACACUAUCGCAACCAUGGAAAAUGUAAAGCAAAAAAGGAUGGCUAUUUUGAGUGAAAAUGAUUGCAAUCCUGCUCCUAAGCAAACAAUCACAUGCAAAACUGAUUUGAAUACCAACAAAGCAGACGAAACAAAUACCAAUCGCUCAAAGGGUAAACAUAAAGUUGAUAUAUUUGAUGAAAUUUUUAAUCAAAAGAAAUGUGUUAGUAGCAAGGAUGAGGAUUUCAUAAAUAAAUCAUCACACGAUGAGGAAGAACGUGAUGAUAAUAUAGUGACAUCGAGUGUAUCUCGUCCACCGUUUGUACGUUCACAUUCUACACCACCAUCACCACCUGUUAUUAAAACGAAAACAGGUUUAUGGCAAGUUACUACAUUGCAGCCAGUGACUGCGUGUAUCAGUCCGCCGGAGAAAAAAGUUUUAAAAAAUGUUAAGAACCCAUUCGCCAAGAAAUCAUUAGAUACGUUCAAUAAACGUCCGAAGCCCAAAUCAGAAGUGAAGUCUGAAAAGACUUUUGCCGGUAAUGGAUAUAGAUGUAGCAAUAUAACUGAAGAUUCCGUAUCGGGUUUGUUGAAGCAGUCCCAUCGCGGUUAUGGAGUUCCCGUACUUUCGUGGAAGGGAGAACAAACAAAAAUAUCUAAAGAGGUGGAAAUAGAUGCUCAACAGCAACGGCAACACGACUGGCAUAACGAUGAAGAUGCUGAAAUCGACCGUGGACGUCAGAAAAAAGUUAAAAAAGAAGAGUCUUCACAUUUGGAUAAUCGAAUCCCGGGAUGUAACCCGUUUCAAGAACAAGAAAAUCAAAGACGUUGGAGAGCCAGCGGGGCCACAAAUAGAAACUAUAGCGGAUAUGUUCGACAUCAAUUCCAACGCAGCAAAUUCAAGUUUCAACGGUUCAAUUCAAAGUUCCAGCGAAUGUCUGCGAUGUCUUAUAAGCGAAAUAAUCACAGAUUGAAUAACAGUUAUACACGACGGAACUCAUAACAUAGCAAUAAAAUGAUUUCUAUAACUAUAAAUAUUAAUUAUUUUUCAAUAUAACUUAAGUGACUGCUCGAUUAAAAUAGCUGAAUAGAAAUUAUCCUUCGACAGAGACGCAGUAAAAAAUAUUUAUUAAGUAAAAAUAAGAAAAUAGCACACAGUGCAGAAAGUAUAUAAUAUUAAGUAGGAAUGUAUUUAAUAGUGUAGGGGAAAUUGCAUUACCUACUUGUAAAUUUUUGCGAUUUCUUCGGGAUACUGCAUAUUAUAUAACUGUACCACCACUUAUAAUUUCCGUCAUUAAUCUUGCUUUAUAAUAAACAAUAGUUAUUUACUUACAACUGAAGUUGAAAGUUCCACAUAAAUUGUGAACAAAAGACUAUAUUGUACAAUAGAUGAAAUUUUAAUCAUUUUUUAAGGUUUCAAUUAAAAUAAAAUAUAAAUAUUAUUAUAUACAUAUAUAAAA